AACGGACCUCCCGACACUGCGAGAUCCCUCCUUCGGCUCAUAAAUACCCAGGCCCCCAGCACGCUAGGGUUUCUCCUGGUCGUCGUUGCGAACCUUCCUCCCAAAAACUCUAGCGCGAAAAUGGUGAAGGGGCGGCAGGGGGAGCGUGUGAGGCUUUACGUUCGCGGCACGAUACUCGGCUACAAAAGGUCGAAGUCGAACCAGUAUGAGAACACAUCGUUGAUCCAGAUCGAGGGGGUAAACACCAAGGAGGAGGUGGCCUGGUACUGCGGCAAGCGCAUGGCGUAUAUCUACAAAGCCAAGACCAAGUCGGACGGGACCCGCUACCGCUGCAUUUGGGGCAAGGUCACCCGCCCUCACGGCAACAGCGGCGUCGUCCGCGCCAAGUUCAAGUCCAACCUCCCACCCAAAUCCAUGGGCGGCAAGGUCAGGGUUUUCAUGUACCCGAGCAACAUCUGAGGUGUAUCGAUCUGGUGCAAAUAUGACACAAGGCGGACUUUGUACUUUAGUAACAAUUGAAGUUCAAUGCUUAUUUUUAGCAUGUCAAAUUAUUGAUACUUUAGUUAACUGGUCGCUAUAUUUGUAUUCAUCGUUGAGGAAGUGAAACUUAAUUUACGCAUUCGAAUUAUCAUGUUUUUUAUUAUGAGGACAUUUGGAAAAAUGGCCAUACAUAAGUUUUCGCUGAA